UAUACCUCGCUGUCCCCCCCCCCCCUUGCUCUUUGCCGAGAAAGCUAAACAAUACAGAGCAGGACUGUUGGGGGAGCCGGACUGAUGAACUCCCCAGUAGACACGCAUCUCUUUACGUUCUCUUUUGACCUGCUGAUGGAAGAGUAGGAUGGAGACUCAAAAAAUAGUCAGAGAGAUGCGUCUAUUUACAAACUUAGAAACCUGCAUGUAAAGAUGAUAAAACAAUUAUCAGCAUUAGAGGAGGAGGGAGAGGAGGAGGAGAAGGAAGAAGAAGGAGAAGCAGCAGCAGAACUGGAAGCAGAAGGAGAAGCAGCAGCUGAAGCAGAAGCAGAAGGAGAAGAAGAAAAACUUGCACCCCUCCUCAAAGAAGCAGUAGAUGAGGAGUCUUCCACUCCGCUCCCGUUGUUCUUCGACUCCUCUUCACUCUCUGCUAAUCGAAUAGUUGCAGGAACCAUAGCACGGACUUUGUCACAGAUGUUUGGUCACCCUGUGGAUACCAUCAAGACACGAUUGCAAGUUAAGGACCCGCCGAAGCAGUUAAGAAAAUGGAAGACGAAUGCGGCACAAAAAUCCAUCGAUACAAAGCAGAAACUUGAGAAAUGGCUACCGCCCAGCGUUGUUCAUAUUGCAUCUGCAACGAUUGGUACAUUUGCGUCUUCUCUCGUACGGGUGCCUGCGGACACUGUGAAGCAUCGGGUCCAGGCAUAUCUCCAUCCUAAUUCUUUUGAUGCACUGCACACACUCGUGACGAGCAAAGGUGUUCGUGAACUGUAUGUUGGCUUUGGGUCAACAUUAAUGCGUGAUGUGCCAGAAAUUGCAAUCCAGUUUUGGGCCUAUGAGAAGAUGCGUGUGUUUGUGGACAAGAGGAGGAAUGGGCGAAAGCUGACGACACCUGAACAUCUUGCCCUUGGAGCCAUUGCCGGUGCAAUUGCAGCAACAUGCACAAUGCCGCUUGAUUUGGUGAAGACGAGGCAGCAGUGCGGAAUGCGGAUCAAUGUACAUAGCAUUCUUCUAGGUGUUCUUGCAGAGAAAGGAUUCCCUGGUCUCUUUGCUGGACUGCCAUUCCGUGUGAUUCACGUAUCACUGAUGUCAUCUGUGUUCUUCGGCCUUUUCGAGUACUGCAAAAUGAUUACUGGAGGCAAUCCAAUUGGUGCCGUAAGAGGCCUGUGCACGGAAUCAUCAAAGGUAUUGAAGCCGGAGCGAGCUGGCGGCGAGAGGAGAAUGCUGUGGAAGAGCUUGUCAAGACAGACGGAGAGAAUCGACAACCACCAGUUGGUUUAUACACAAUGAUAUUGUGCAGACUCUGGAGAGGGAUUGGUAAUUAUGUGUUCACGUACAGAGCUCACAACGCAUCUCGUGUGGAGGAGUGGACAGAUGAUCACAGAUCCGUGCGGGACUGCACUCGGGAAAGACGUUCAGUGAUUAACAGGGCAUUUCCUUGCACAGGUUUGAAGGAGGGACUAUGCACUUCUGCCAUCCGACUGGUGUGCGCAUACGGAGGAGGAACUGAUUAUGCACUUCUCCCUCAAGUCAAGUGCGCUCCCGUGCGGGAGUGCGCCUGGGAGAGUAGGAGUAAUGAUUGACAAUGCAUUUCCUGUCGCGGAGUCGAGUCCUCCUUACGGGGCUGCAUUUGGCAGAGGAGGAGUAAUCGACAGUCAUUUCCUUGCGGAGGAUUUGAGUCAUCCUUAACAGAAGUGCACUAUCGACAGCAGUUAAAAGUGACGCGGUGGGUCUCUAGUCCGUGUACAUACCUCUUGAUCUCCCAAGAUCUCAGCAUCCUCCCCUCACUUUUCUCUUUGACUGCCUAGAUCUCCCUAAUCGAUGUUACAAAAUAG